CACACAAAAUCAGUAACAUCACUUAUAUAGAAGUGUAGAACUUCAUAGACUAUAGUUAUCAAAAAUGGUUUCACGUAGCUUCCUGUUUCUUCAUGUGUUCAUCAUGUUUUCUUUAGCAGUGAUAGCAUUUUCGGAUUUAUCAGAUGAUUUCUAUGAGGAUGUUUGUCCUGAAGCUUUACCAACAAUUAAACGGGUUGUUGAGGAUGCAAUUCAGAAAGAGAGACGAAUGGGUGCUUCUCUGAUACGUCUGCAUUUUCAUGAUUGUUUCGUUAAUGGUUGUGAUGCUUCGAUUCUACUUGAACAAACGGCGACUAUUGUUAGUGAAAAGACUGCUCGUGCUAAUAACAAUUUUGCUAGAGGAUUUGAGGUGAUUGAUAAAAUUAAGUCUGAGGUUGAUAAAGCUUGUGGACGUCCAGUUGUAUCUUGUGCGGACAUCUUGGCAGUUGCAGCUCGUGACUCUGUAGUUGCUCUACGUGGACCAACAUGGGAAGUGAAACUAGGAAGGAGAGACUCCACAACAGCAAGUAGAACCACAGCCAACAAUGAUAUUCCAACUCCAUUAAUGGACUUACCUGCACUUAUCAACAACUUCAAGAAUCAAGGUUUGGAUGAGGAAGACCUCGUCGCGCUCUCCGGUGGGCAUACCCUAGGGUUUGCUCAGUGUUUCACCUUCAGAGAUCGCAUCUACAAUGAGACUAACAACAUUAAUUCUACCUUUGCAAGUCAACGUCAAGCAAAUUGUCCACGUAGUGGAGGUGAUUCUAACCUUGCUUCCCUUGAUCCUACAGCUGCUCUUUUCGACUCUAAAUAUUUUAGUAACUUGGUAUCGAAGAAAGGACUUUUACAUUCUGAUCAAGCAUUGUUUAGUGGAGGAGAAACUGAUGAUCUUGUUAAGACAUACAGUACCAACCUUGGAACUUUCUCUAAAGAUUUUGCUGAGUCUAUGAUUAUGAUGGGAACUAUCAAGCCAUUGACUGGAAACCAAGGUCAAAUUCGUGUCAACUGCAGGAAGGUGAACUAAAUAUUGCUAAUGAUGCUGAUAAAAUCAAGAUUCAUGCGUGUGUUAAGAAUUUGGUUAAUUAUUUUCAAUUGUAAUUGUGCUUUUUCUUCAUUUAAUUUGGAUCCUUUGUUGUUACCUAAAAUAAGUGAGUAACUGUGAACAGAGAGGUGUGGUCAUUUGUUUCUCAAGGAAAUUGGAUUAUGUAGUUUUCAGUUGGCGAGUAAAUCCCAAUAUGGUUGUCAAGUGAAUGAGAAACCCCUUUGAUUUUGA